GCCAUUAGCCAUAAGCAAUCCACACUUCCCUCCUCUGACUGUAGAUGUGUAAAACAACAGAUAGAUCUGGUGCUCGAGAGUUAUUUUCCACUGAAUCUUCUGGCUCUGAUACUCUACGAACCCUAGCUACUUCCAUCCAUUUCCGUUCAAAUUUUAGCAUUUCGCAUUUCAAUUCCCUGCAAUUUACCCAAUUAUGUUAUACAAUUACAAUGCACUUUCAAAUUUCCAUUUCCAUUUCUAAUAUCUUCAAAUCCUUCGCAUCUUGUCAUUCAGUUCCUUGAAUCCAAUUCUUGCCUUCUCGCUACAUGGGCUCAACACAGUCCGUUCAAGUACCCGAAGAAGAUGAUGAGAGUGAGGAAGAAGACGAAGAAGAAGAAGAAGAAGAAGAAGAAGUAGAUGAUGAUAAUGGGGUAGGAACUAUAAGGGAAAUCGAUGGCAACAAUUUGGUCAAGAAGGUUCUCGAACAAGAGCCUGAAAUGUUACCCUGCCAUGCAUCAGCAUCUCCGCUUUCUCCUCAGCUUUCUUCCCUAGGCACGCCGCGCCUCGGCCCGUCGAUUAAGGUGUGGGACCCUUACAAUGUCUUGGCCCCGCCUCCGCCGCUUCCUCCUCCUCCUCCUCCAAUUUUCUCUCGGAGCUUGUCGUCAUCUUCGUCUGGCGGGAUUGUUGACGACGAUCGCGCCGUCACCGAGGUGUAUUUGAUUAAUCAUGGAGAGUGCGAACUUAAUUUGAGGCCAGAUUUGGUCGGUGGGAGGUGCCAUGUGGCGGCUUUGACGCCAAACGGGAAACGUCAGGCUAGGGCUUUAGCUGUGUUCUUGAACUCGCAAGGGGUUAGGUUCAAUGCGGUUUAUUCCUCGCCUUUGGAUCGAGCAAGAUCAAUGGCCGUUUCCGUUUGUCAGGAAAUAAAUUUUGCAGAGGAACAGAUUCAGUCGUCAGAUGCUCUUUUAGAGAUGAGCCUGGGGCAUUGGGAGGGAUGCCCCUGUUCAGAAAUUUAUACACCUGAAGUUUUGAGCUUGAUUGAAUGUUCUCAGCCUGAUUUUUGUGCACCAUCUGGAGAAUCAUUAAGGCAAGUGGAAUUUAGGAUGGUCCAGUUCUUAAAUUGGACAAUUCUAGGACUGCCUGAAAAGUUGAGAUCCGAUUUCACAUUGCACCAUCAAAUCAAGAGCCAAAGUUUUUCUCAUGAUCGAGAUCCACCUGCUUUACUGCCACAACAUUGGGAUAUGCUUCAUAGGCAUCGGCCAGGGCUCUCAAGGAAGAAAUCAGGUAGGAGCAGGCUGCAGUAUGUGACUACCACAGGCAAUCAUGAGGGUGAGGAUGAGAUCUCUCCCAGGGGAGCCAAUGACCAAAGCGCACUCCAUAAUUUAAAUGUUAGGAGCUCAAUCUCCACAUCCUCAUGUAUUGGUGUUUUCACUCAUUCAAUUCCUAUCAAGUGCCUCCUCACAGGUCUCCUGGGUUGCAGCCCAGUAAUGUUACAUAAGAUCUGCAUAGAAGAUUCUUCAGUGACAGUAUUGCUGCAUUCAUGGAAAACGGGUUGGCAGAUAAAACGUUUGAAUGAUACUGCACAUCUGAGGCUUCUCUAGUUGGAGAAUUAUGAAAGCUGUUAACUAUUGGGUGAAAGCUGGUAUUGUGUUCAUUUAUGGAUCAUGUUGCAACUCAUGAUUUCACGUGAAAUGAUGUUACUUCUACACCUUGCUGCUAUGUUGUUGACAUAUUUAUUUACACUUAUGGACUUACCAGCUUGAAAGAAAAAGAGGAUCAGGUUGGGAGUUGGGUAUUUGUAUUGGGUAAUUCUUUUGAUUUGUAGCAUUACAAGUGUUUUUAUUGUAGAGUGAAAGAUAAUGCUUUUUCCCCUUUCAUGUAUCAGCUAUCAGGAAGAAAAUAAGUUAUUUUAGGAUGAAGAAUUGUGAAAUUGUAUUUUUGCUGAUUCUAACGAGUUGAGCAGAGCUACCUGAGACAUGCCUAUUAUUUCAUUUAUGAUUAGAACAAAACAAUUUCACUCA